AACUUUGCAAAAUAACACACAGAUUUUGAUGACGUUUUAUGCACUUCCUGUUCUGAAAAUGGCCACCCCUUGCAUUUUGUUUACGUCUUGUUCCAAUUUUUCUGCAGAAAAUAUUUUAAAAGAUAUUCUGAAAGUUGAAUCUCUACCUGAAGGGAAUAAAGUGAUAGAAAAUAUUGUUAGUUAUGAUUGGAGGAUUGAUACAAAGUACUACACAGCUGAUGUAAGGUUAUGUCUCACCAAGGAGAGAACCAUCGGGGAUGAGGAGUUUGCUGAAUCAGUCCAAGCUUUUGUUGUGCAUUUUGAUGCAGAAAAGAAAGAAAGUUUUGAGUCAGUAAAACUCUGGAAUGCUUACCUUAAGGAGAUAAAUCCUGAGAUUAAGAUGCUUGUGUGUGACAGGUGCUCAGAAAACUCAGCUGUUGGGCGACUUGAGACACAGACUUGGUGUAUAGAUAAUGCAUUUGAACUUGUGGAACUGAACCCUGAAGCAGAUAGUGACAGUGAAACUGAGGAUGACUUUAAGGAGACCACGGGUAUUAAGAGGAUUGUGCAAUCUCUCCAUGCUCAUACAUGGCCAAAUCUUGACUUAAAAGAAGACCAUCAUGUUGUGAGUCCAUUUAUGAGACAGCUUAUGAAAGAGGAACAUAAUGCUAAACAAUUGAAUAAUGAAACAAAUGACAAUAGUCAAAGCACUGAGAGGACUGAUAGUGCUACUGGUGAAAAUUUAAAUUCUGAAAGUAAAACUGUUCAAAAUGAUAGAUUGUGUACUGGAAAUUUAUCAGUAAAUAAUUCUGAAAACAAACAUGUAACUUGUGAUAAUCUUGUGACUGAAAGACAAGAUAAAAAUAGCUGUGAUAGUAGUAAUAAAGAUGUUAGUGAGGGAUCAAAACAGGAGGGGUCGGAAGGAGCUUGUGGGGCAAGUGGGGAUGGAAAGAAGGAAACAUCAAAGAAAAAGGCAAAAAAGCCUUCAAAAGAGGAGAGGUUAGACUCACUGUUACCAGCAGAGGAUAUGGCCUUGUUUGAAGCACUUGGAAAUGAAGAUCCAGGGGGUGAAUCCUUCGAGAAAUUGUUUGAAAAAUUUGCACACAUGAAAGAAAAAGCCAACUGUCUUCCACCACAAGAAAGGAAAAAAUAUGCUGAAAAUGUUGCUAUAGCUUUCUGGAGAGCUAUUGGAGGGGACGAAGAUGAAAUAGGUGACCUCGAUAGUGACUGACAAAGUUCUGCUGCUUUCACAACAUUGUCCAUUGAGCAAAAACUUGUUUGAAUUAUAGGAACUUUUUAUCAGAUUGUUUCAUUACAAAAUGUCAUUGAGCAGGAGUGGUGGUCUGAUUAUUUAAGUGUAGGCGGCUUAGCAUGGAGACAGGUCCAAGUUUGAACUACAUCAGAUCAGAAAACAUAUGCAAGUUAUCACAGAAACACAGCUGUUGGUGUUGAAAGUUUACCUAUUUCACGAGGGCUUAAUUUUUGCUAUAUUCGCGAGGCCCUACAUCUUGCAAAAAAAAUUCUCUCAUAAAUAUUCAUUAGACAUAUAAUUCUUAUUCAACUGAAGCAGGGUACCAUUUUUACAAUUUCCCAAUUAUUAAACCUCGCGAAUAUACUCAAAAUUUCAAAUUUGCGAAAUUGUAACCCAGCAAAAAUACGUGCUUUUACAGUAGAUAUUCUUUAUGGUUUAUUUCCUUUUACAGCCGAUUGUUUUAUUCAUUUAUUUAUGCAGUAUGUGAAAUAAAAACUGUACAUCCU